UGUCUUGUCUUGUCUUGUUUUUGUCAACUGGACAUUAGAAAUGGGCAGCCCUCUUCACGGGCGAUUUUAGCCCUUUCAACCAAAUAAUUUCGAAGAGAGCUGGCCUAGCUAACUAUAUAUUGUCACGAAGUGCUGGAGAUUUGAUGGCAGGCUCAGUUCAUUGAUGGAGGAGCCUCUGUAAGGAAUUUAUGCAAUUCACACACCUUCCUUCCAACUCAAACCCCAUUAUGGAUUGUUUAGGUGGUAAGAAAAAGAGCAAGAAGUGUGAGAAAGGUCUUAGAGGGCUCACAGAGAAGGUAUGGCUUUUCCAGGAAGAGAUCCAAGCUAUAAUGUACGAGAGAGAGAAAGAGGCUAGAGCUUAUGAGAGAGACAUGAUAGUUUUUGCAUUUAAAAGAGCAGAAUGGAAGCAAGAGAGAAAGAAGCUUAAGGAGGAAGUAAAGAGAUUGAGAAAGGUAGUGGAAGAGAAAGAUGAGAGGAUUAGAGUAUUGGAAGAUAGGUCGAUAGGAAGGAAGAGUGAGAAAGGGGACGAAUUCUUGGGGACUUCUAGCUUCCUUGUGGAGCAAAUGAGGGAGGAGAGAGUGUGGCGCGACGAGGCUGUGGAUAAGUGGAAGAAGCUAUAUCUUGCCAUUAAGGCCGAGCUUGAUGAUCUCAUUCAGAAGACUCACCAUGGAGAUGGCUUGUACUGGAGAGCAGAGGAAGAAGAAAUGAUUGAGGAGCUGAAGAUGGAAGUGAAGGCCAAGGAAGGAUGUAUAGAGGAGCUGAAAGCACAAUUAGCUUUAGCGAAGAAAGAAGAAUACAAUAGGGCAAGGGAGGUCGAUAUUCUGCGGCAGAGCUUGAAAAUCAUGAGCAGUAGGAAGGCAUCCAGCUUUGCUCUUAGCAAACCGAAGUUAGAACUUGUGAAACAGGCUAGAAAAGCAUAGCUAGCUUUACAAGUAAAAUCUAUAUUAAAAUAUCGAUGGACUGUGUAAUCUUUUUCAAGUCAACUUGAGCAAGGACCGUGCAAAUCUUACAUUACUAAAA